AUGGACGCCAAGUCCAUUUCCUUUCCCUCGUCGGCGGAAUCCGCGCCCGCCGCUGCAUCCGACAACACCCAGAAACCCAAGCCAUGCUGCGUGUGCAAAGAGGAAAAGUCCAAGCGAGACGAGUGCAUGUUAUUCUCAAAGGCAUCCGAUCCCGCCGCCGAUUGCAAAUCCUUUGUCGAGCAGUACAAGACCUGUAUGCUUGGCUUCGGAUACAAGGUGUAA